GACGCCUAUGAGGAUUUCCUUUUCCAUUAUCUACUGCAUUCUUUCUCUUUUACAACACAAGAGGGGGCUUUGAAUCCUUAUCUUUGAUAAUCAUAUCCCGAGAAAUAGUUCUAAUGCUACCAUUGACGCUUUUACUACAUUUUAUAUAUUUAAGACAUCUCUCCGAUCAAGUUGUCUCACAAUAAUUUUAUUGACUAAUUGUGAUAUCGAGAUCAUACGAUGCUCGAAAUGCGUAAGUGGAAUACGUGUCUAUCAUGAAAAUGAACUCGAUGUGAUUGCGUAAUUUCGUCUCGUGAAUAAACAUGCUUUCUCAGAGCGUGCGAGUGAUAACGCACAUUCGAUAGUUACGAGUAUUAUACUCCCGCGAGUUAUCGCGUGUCUCCUCCUCGACCGGAUUGGAUAGAGAUCAACCGAUGGCUCUUUCUUGGCGACUAUUGACGGCCGUACGAAUGGCUGAGAGAUCACGCGGCCCGAUAUGCCGUUUCUUGUCGACCAGCAUGGUUCGUUCCGGCAAAGUGGUGCCCUUUCAACUGUCAGAUAUCGGCGAAGGGAUUCGGGACGUCACGGUGAAAGAAUGGUUCGUGCAACCGGGUGAUCGGGUGAGCCAAUUUGAUAAGAUCUGCGAGGUGCAGAGCGACAAGGCGUCGGUGACGAUCACGAGUCGCUACGACGGCUUCAUCAAAGCGCUACACUUUAACGUGGACGACGUCGCCUUGGUCGGGGCGGCGUUGUUGGAUAUCGAGAUAGAAGACGAUUCAAAGGAUGCCGCGAAGGAUUCGGAGGGAAUUAAAGAGGGCGACAAGGAACAGGCGAUUGACGGUUCUGACAGGAAGAAGGAUAUAGACGAAACGGAAUCGCAGGAAAAUAUUGUGCAGAAGAUAUUGGCGACUCCGGCGGUGAGGAAAAUUGCCAUGGAGAGCAACGUAAAGCUGAAAGACGUAGCGGCGACUGGCAAAGAUGGUAGGGUGCUCAAGGAGGACGUACUGGCUCAUCUGCGGAAGAUUUCCGCGACUCCGGAAGUUCGAGCGGAAGUUUCUCCGGGGACGAAUGUGACGGGAACGACGGUAGGGUUGAAGGGAUAUUCAAAACACAUGUGGAAAACUAUGACGAGGUCCUUGAGUAUACCUCACUUCGUCUACAGCGACGAGUGCAACGUGAAUCGGGUGAUUCAGUGCCGAAACGAGGUGAAGGACUCGUUGAAGGACGGGGGUGUCUCUCUGACCCUAAUGCCGUUCUUCGUGAAGGCGGCCUCGCGAGCAUUGGAGCGCUGUCCCGAGUUGAACGCCUGGCUGAACGAGGAGGAUCAGACACUGCGAAUCCUGGACAAUCACAAUAUCGGCAUCGCUAUGGACACCCCGGAGGGCCUGGUGGUGCCCAACAUCAAGAACGUGCAGAAUCUUAGCGUUCUCGCGAUCGCGCGGGAGCUUAACAGACUCCAAGAGCUCGGCAGGAAGUCGUCGAUACCGCUUGGCGAUUUGGCCGACACGACGUUCUCGUUGUCGAACAUAGGUGUGAUCGGUGGAACGUACACGAAGCCGGUGAUCCUGCCGCCGCAGGUGAUAAUUGGCGCGUUCGGAAGGGCGCAAAGGCUGCCGCGAUUCGACGAUGAGGGAAACGUGGUUCCGGCCCAUAUAAUGUCGGUCAGCUGGUCCGCGGAUCAUCGUGUUCUCGACGGCGUCACGGUGGCAAAGUUCUCCAACCUGUGGAAGCAUUAUGUGGAGAAUCCGGUGCAUUUGCUGAUCGGCGCGUGACGAGGAAUCUAAUCUCGGAGUGCUUAAAAAAUCGAUGACGCGUUUCUCAUUCUUGUAAUCUCAUUUUACAUUAGGAUGUUUAAAAUGAAAAUAUAG